CGACUUUUGGGACACCCUGUAUAUAUAUUCCUAAUGUAUUUUAUGCGAUCUUGGCAAUUUAGUUUAAUUUAUUGGAUGGAAUAUAAUAAGUUAUAUGUAGAAACUUAAUUUAUAUAUCAAUUCGCAUUACACGCUAAUCCUAUGAAUCUAGCGGUUUGAAGAUAAUUUAUUGUAUGUACAAAGUAUGAAACCAAUCGAAUUUUAUUAUAAAAUAAAACUUAACAUUUGAUUACGAGUAAUAUUGAAUUUAACAAGUCGCAAACGUUAUAGUUAAUAUUAACACUCAGUUUGCUGCUGUAGAGGGUGUAGAAGAGCGUGUUUUAAUAAAGUAUUGCCGAAUUCCCCCCUCUUCAGGCAUGAUACGGACAAAAACGCCUAUACGUAGAAACGUAUAGCUUCUAAGUAUAGUAUAACUAUAAUACUAUAUUGUGCGUAAAGGUUAGGAGUAGUUAAGCGAUCAAACGUGGGUUAGGUGAAUAUAACGGCUCCUGUCACAAUGUAGUGUGUAAUAAUGUUAUUGUGAUAUUAUAAUAAUAAACGAACAUCGAUAUACAAGUAGAUUUCAACACCGUGUGAUCCAUCACGGAAUACAUGGAUGUUGCGAACGGACAAAAGCCCCUCAGUGGGCAACCUACUGUCACUGGUGGUCCAGGGAUGGAUAAGGGGAAAGAGUGGCAGAUGGAAUUGCUUAUGGAGAAAUUACGCUCCAAAGCUUCAACUUUUAAAUCCUUGGUGGAAACUGCCAAGAACCUGCGUAUGGCAAUGCUGGACAAGAGGUUUGCAAUUGACAGUGCAGAGAAAAGUCAAUUACAGAAAUGUUUAGAUACUUUACAACAUUCCAUUAAAGUAACCUCCUUGCAAUCCAUGGUGGAGCGCUUAGAGAGUUUAACCAGACAAUUGGGCUUAAAGUUUAUGAUGUCUGGUCCACCAGGUACAGAAUUGUUUAUAUCAUCGGAUAUGUUUUUUUUGGAAGUUCUUUUGGAGCCAACAGGUGUAGUUAAAGAUGUUAAAAUCCACCAUGAAGGAAAAAAUGAGCAGCAGAGCUGUGAUGUGUUGGUAUCUUGUUUGUCACGAGGAGACUUCCUUGAUUUUACAGUACAAUUAGAAGGUUUAGCUUCGAUAUAUCAAUUAAAUGCAGAUAAGAAGGUAAAAUGUAAAGCAUUCAGUGCUUUACAAUCGCUGGAAGCUGAUUUGGGUAUCUUAGCUCAAUUGCAAACAUUUAUCAAGGAACCCUUUAAUCUUGUUCAUAAAAGCCCAGUUGGAAUUCUCGAGCGAAGAAGGGGAGGUCACGCGAUGAAACUGACAUAUUUCGUUUCUCCUUAUGAUUUAAUGGAUCAGGAGAAUCAUACCUGCGAUGCAUUGAAUUCGGAAGUAGUUAUCAAACGGAAAAUUGGCCAUUCUGUUACGGUUUGUAUGGAAGGUUCGACUGCUCACAAGUUGCCUACAACUAGUAUCAUAACUGUAAAUAGAAGUCCCACAGGAAAAAGUACUCCAUCCUAUGCUCCAUUAACUGGUACAAAUUCAUCUGUGUUACCCGCUUGUUUCGUUUUAAAACUAGUUAACAAAAUGCCGAUGUGCAUGGAAUUGGUACGCAGGAUACAGAAGGUUACGGAACUCGAAUGCGGAGACAUAUCCGCUCCACAUCCGUUGCUCAGUUUAAUUAUACAAAAUGCCAGCGAGGGUCAGCAAGAUUGCCGAAACAACAGAGGACUUUACGUUACGUUGCCGGAUCAACAGCAUUGCUACUUCAUGACAGAAAAUAGAAAUAUGGAAGGUGUAUUAGUAUGCAGCAUUCCUUUCACACACCCAGCCCAUGUUCCACAGAUCUUGGUAUACUUACGUCAACAAGCGCUAUUUAACACUCUAAUCGCUAGUUGCGUUAGACCUAUGGCUCGGCACGAUCCAGAACACGCGACUAUAUUCGAAGUGAGCGCUUUAUCAUGGCAACACAUAUCGGUAAGUUUGGAGCAUCCUUUCGAAGAAACAAUGGCGACGGUGGAACUGGAUUUGACGGAUAUCUCCGCGUUGAAGUGCAAAUUGUACGGGAUAAGUAUAACGAACACGGAACGAACGUCAGAUUUGACCGGAAAAGUCUUACAGAAGUGUUUAAGUAUACCUUUGACAAUGAGGAUUCUCAUGAAGUCGUGGGAGAGUCGAGACUCUUUGAACGCGAUGAACAGUAUGAAUAGCGGAAACGGAAACUACAACGUUAACCUUGGUUCUGGCAAGGAUCAGAACAGCCAAAAUGGUUCCGGAAUGCCGGAUUUCACUAACGGGGAAACGAAAAUAAAGCAGGAACCCGGCUUGAAUAACGGAAACGGAACUAUGGGGAGGCAACAGUCGUCGCAACAGCAACAACAGCAGCAGCAGCAGCAACAACAACAACAACAGCAGCAGCAGUCUUUUUUAGAUGCCGGAACGGAGAAUAGUAUCGGGUUUCCGUCAUAUUCCGGCCAAUCCGAUACCACAACUACUGCGAUGUUGAACCCUUUGCAAUUGGGGGCGUUGCUUGGACAAGCAAAAAACUCGUUGGCCAAUCCUAUCAACGAGCGUGGGAAAAAAACGCGCAAAAGAAAAACAGCGGACGGUAUUUGGCGUAGUCCUAAGAGGAAAGGCGACGAGACGGCGGAAAUACUAUUGGAAAGUUCCAGUUCCGAUUCGACGCCUCUCGGUACGCCGACAGGUGGUAGAGAAACUAUGAACGAAACGAGAACGUCCACUCCAACGUCAGCCACGAGUUUAACCAGCGGUCUGGAUUUUUCCAAUUUGGAUCCCACGGAUAUCUUGGGAACGGAUAAAAGCUCCGACUACGAUUUCGACAACGAGAGCGAGAUAACGGACGUUCACGAUUUGCAAGAUGUGGAAGAGUUGAUCAAAAGAGAUCGCAAGUCGAGGAAAAGGGAAGAGAAAAAGAGUCCGAUUAUAUUCGAAGAGAACAAAAACCUGGUGCCGCCAUCAGUAAGUAUAACGCCAAUUUCAAGCAGUAGUUUGGGUCAAACUACCAACUAUAAUUCUGUACUUACGGGGAUGGGUUUGGAAAGGAGACCCGGCAUUGAAAUAAUACCGAUAGCAUCGUCGCCGCAAACCACUUUACCGAGUUCUAUUACUAUAACUCCGAUAGCUGGACCAACGCAGUCGAAAAGUUUGACGGACGAACGCAGAGAAAGAAAGAGCUCGAAGGGAAAGUCGACGGAGGAUAAGGGAAAGCUGGAGAAGAGACGCAAGCGAAAAAGAGAGGACAGUCCUAUGGGACCGCCGCCGGACAAGAUACCAUCUAAACAGGAUCCAUUGUCGAAACCGGUAUCGGUGAGCAUCAAACCGACCGAAUCGCCGCCGAACUUGAGCUCGCGCCCGGCAUCGCCAGCCACGACGUUGAGAAAAUUUAGUCCGUCUCCCACGCAUACCAGUCCACUCGCUCUUGUAGGUAAGUCCAGUCCCACGUUGAAACAAUCAACGAACAAGCCGGUGCAAAGUCCAAAGCACUCUCCGGUCUACAGCAGUAGUCCCAAGCAUACGCCAGUAGCUGCGAGCGUGAGUCCGAAACACGGCACAUCGUCUCCCAAGCAUGGCAGUUCAGCGAGCACCGGGAAACCGAGCAUGUCCGCGCUGAAAUCCGCAGCGAAUUCCCCUUCCAGUAAAACCACCGAUGCGGGUCAGUCCAAGACGAAGUCUUCUUCCUCGUCGUCCUCGAGUAAAGAAUCCAAUCGGGACAAGGAAAGAAAGACAUCGUCGUUAGCCUUCGGUGGAUCCAGCGGGCAUCAGAGCCCCAAAACAAAAUCGUCUAGCGGUAAGUUGAAACAACUGGAAUUAAUUCCUAGCGGGGAAACGCAGUCUGCCUUACCUAAUAGCGGUGGCAGCACGCCACCCUCUGGCAGCUCGGAACACGGCAAAUCCGCCAUUGCCCAGCAACAAGCGAGAAACAGGAAGGGCUCGUUGAGCGCUGUCAUCGAUAAACUGAAAAAUGCUCAACACUGUUCGGACGACAAUGGCAACGGUGGAACGAAAUCAGCUACCAGCGGAGGCGGCAACUCGAGCAGUCAGAAAGAGAGAAGCGUUGGUAGCUCUUCGAACAAGACCGCAGAGGGAAAAUGCAUCGGCAAAAACUCCUCCAUGGAGUCGAAGAAUCCUGCGGAGUACAUGGUGAAACAUAGUUCGGAUGGGAUGAAGAUAACGAUCAAUAAAACUCGCACAAAAGACUCGAAAUCGGGAGCGAAUCUUAAAUUGUCCUCGUCCUCCGCGUCCGUCGCGACUGGCACAUCUUCAAGUUCGUCUGUUUCCUCCACUUCCAUGUCGGGUAACGGGUCCCCGAAAACGCACACUGGUUUGAAGCCAGGGGUAAGUUCUGGCCCAGCAUCGAAGAAACCCCCUUCCCAAACUUCUCCGAAGUUGUCCGGUUCCUCGUCUUCCGGUUCUGGAAGCAGCAGCGGUAGCAAAGCGACGUUGUUAGGACAGAAGAUGCUGUCUACUUUGAAAUCUAUCUCAGGACCAAAUUCUAGCAGUGGAAACGGUGCAGGGGGAAUCAACGUCGGAGGUAGUGGUAGCGCUGGCUUGCUGACCAAAAGCGUCAUGUCCUCGAAGUCCUCUUCGAGCUCUCCGAAGACAACCAGCUCGGGCGUGACGGAUCUCAGUCGAAAUCGCGACAAAUCCCGAUUGUCUAAGUCUGGCGAUAAAAAUUUAUUUCCUUCGAAAGGCAUCGGGGACACGAGAAAAUCGAGUCCCUCCGGUUUACGAGAGGAAAGCGAGAGCGAGAGGGCGUUCAAACUUUUAGCUCACGCUACCAUGUCGAACUUGUCGAGUCUACCCAAUUUAUCACCACAGUUGGUCGUCGAAGGCCUCAUGAAACAACUGGACACCAAGUUUCAAAUACCCAAGCUGUCCGCUAGAGCUAAUGCGGACUCUGGUGACAAGAAAUCGGAAAAACUUUCCAUGCUCCCCGAUCCUGGGAAGACUCUGGACAAUCUGACGACGAAGCAGGUGUCGGAGCAAGGGAAACUGCAAACGAUAUCAAACACCACGUCGACUGGUUCCAAGGCAACGUCGGAGGACCAAACGAGCCAAGGUAGACGGGAUCACGUGCAAACGAAGCCUGACAAUCUUUCCAUGACAGGUGUAGCUACGGUAAUGUCUAUGAAUCUCAGCGCUGACAACACCAGCAAUCUCCUGCUUCCGGCUUUGUCUAGCGGGGGUUCGCACGACAUGGAUAUCCCCACGAAUCUCUCGAUGCAGCCGACCGAUAACGAAUCCCGCGACUCGUGCAAGGAGUCAUCGAUGGGCAGGACCAACGCGCAGUUUCUGAGUAGUACCUUGAACUCCACAGCCGGCGGCAAAGACGACGCCAGUGGCAGUGGUCCGGUAAUGGCCGUUCUACCAAAAAGUUCCGACGCACAGGCUACCAGCAAACCCGUGUACUCCGCCAUGAUGGCUACCGGCGCUAUAACUGGUGGCAACGGGACCAGCACCUCGAACACCGGCAACGGAAGCUCGGAAAGCUUGAACCUAAGCAUUAAACCAGUGGACGCGACUAUGACAAAGUACAAAUCCGACGAGAAGAAGCAGCAACAGCCGCAGCAGCAACAACCGCAGCAGCAGCAACAACAACAACAACAAUCGCAGCAACAGCAAUCGCAACAGCAGCAACUACCGUCUUCCGGAGGAUCGUCGAGUACCUCUUCGUUAGGCGCUGUGGUAACCUCGGAGGGCUCCUCGAAUACCAUUAAACCUGGCAUGGAGAUACCACCGACGACGUCGCAAGAGGCUGCGGAGAUGUUACUGGAUUUUUCUACCCCGAAAGACGUGGCCAAGAGCUUGAACUUCACGAGCAUUCCCGAGAGGGCGAUGACCCAGGCGGCCUCGGUGCGCAGAAACACGCCACCACCCCCUCCACCUGCCUUCCCAGCGAGUCCUUCCGUGAGUGUGCACAUCGUAAAAAGUCCUGCACCCUCGCCGAGGGUUAUCCCACCGUCGCCUCACUCCGCCUCGCCGUGUAUCACCGAUGACGAGCUAAUGGACGAGGCGCUGGUGGGAAUGGGCAAAUGAAGGUUACUGAAACUCUAGACAGAAUUUUAUCCGCGUGUUACAUUCGCAUAGCGCAAGGGACAGGGUGUCCUUACAGGUUGGCUGGCGAACAGAGAUGGGUGUAUUCGAAUGAGUUUGUAGCUGAAACACAUCUAACGUGCUAUAUAUGUAUUCGUACCGUACAGCUGCCGAAUGCAACGUACGAAUGAAUUUAAGCAUUCGAUCACAAACGGAAUACAAAUUAGUAAGGUAUUCGUCAUUCCGAUACUUUUUUAAAUAGAGUUUGUCGAUCCCUGUUCGCAAGUAACGCUGUCUUUCCACGUGGAGCAGUGUUUCUCAAACUUGCCUUACAUGUACGCAUAUGUCCUCGGAUCGUUGACGUCUUCCGAGGUUUCUCGACGGUCUGCUCAGGCUGAUAGUUUGGGGAACACUGGUGAGAAUGAGUCGAGAUCAUUCUUGGGAAAUAGUGACUUUGAGACUUCCAAUUCUUUGUUAGGGAAACAGAUAGGUUCUGAUAAGUAAUCGAUGGAUUUUCGAGGGACACCCUGUAAGUAGUUAAAUCUUCACAGUUCUUCUGAAAUGUCCUGCCGAAUACUAAUAUGGUUUGCGUCCCCGUGCGCGAAUCUUGAGUAAGUUCAAUUUUUUCAUACAUAGAGAAAAAGAGAAUACGGCCACUUUUGCAGAAGCUGUAUAGAAGUGGAAAUAUUUAAGUGUACACCGUGUAGCAGAGUGGUUUAUUACUAUAAAUUAAUUCGUACGCCGCGAUACAAGGACUCGAGGUUAGCAGUAAAACGAUUGUUUAUAGAUUUAUAAGGUUGAGGGGGGGACAAAUGGGGAUAGCGAAUGGUCGCGACGUAUGAGAAAUAAAUAUAGACGAGUACAUACGAAGUUAUUUUCGAUAAAAUCCAUGUUGGACAAUAUUUAUAAGGACACUAAAGGAUAGGCGUAUGAUGUUAACAUAUAAGAUAUUUCUGAAUUACUCUGUGUCACGUAGGUGGAAUUAUUGCUGUAGCACGAAAUAUGGAAAUUUCAAGAAUAAUAUUUUCACGUUCAAGCUCUUCUGUGUCUUAAGAGUACGAAAUUAUUUUUGAAUUUAGACUAAUUAGUCAAUUAUCGAGUCCUGUAUCUUUACCUUCCUGUUUUUGUAUACGUUCCAGUCGUCCUUCCUCGUAUGUACAAGAUUCUUCUUCGACUGCGUACAACGAAGAAAGUCAAUGUUUUGGAAUCGUCGCGAAGUUUGUAUUAGUUUCCUGUUCUACGUUUUACGUAACGAAUAGAGUAGUCGUGCUGUUUCGUACAAUUACGAAAAGAAUGCGUGUGAAACACUUUGUAAACAGUUGAGAAAUCUGAACGAUCAAGCGCGAUAAUCGGUUACAUGGAUUUUACCGAUUAUGCUUGUCGAACGUUUUAUUUUUCGCGCGAAAUCGCAACGAAAAUGAUUCUAAUUGAUACUUCUCUCGGCGUUCAACCGUGCGAUGGAAAUUUCAAUGAAAUAGCGAAAGGAAGAGGUAGUGGGUAUUAAGUGCCAAGUAGAGGUAACAUGAGUUUUCAAAGACGGGACUUUGAUCCUUUGCGAUCUUCGAUGCUUUCUUUUACUUCGAUUCCACGAAAGAAAAUUUUGUGAAAUUAAGUAUUGCAACGUCUUUCUUUCCGUCACUUUUUUCUUGUCGAAAAUCUCCGUAAUUCAUAAAUGUUCCAAAGUUUUGAAAGCCCGAUCUUUCGAAAACGGACGCGUUGUCUUUGUACAAAAUAGAAGAAUUUGGUUUAAGAAUUGAACGAAGUUUAACGAAGCUGGUGGAAACCAGCUUGAGGGAAACGGAUGCUUCGAGAAACAGACACGGAGAUAUAUCAGAGAAGGGCAAACAUUUUUUGUGAAUACAAAUUUCGAAUAACAGAUGAACAAUGAACAAGGAAAUCGAUCGAAUAGACAUCACGAAUACAUUGCUAUACGUUCGUUUGCAUUCGUUAUCUAUUAAAAUUUGCCCAUCUCUGGAAUGUAUGAACAGAAUGAACGAGUUGUAUGCCUGUCACCGAUUAAUAAUACUAAAGACAGAAAUGAAUGAUAUAGACGACACUUACGAUUACUUUCCACGUGUAAAUCGGUAAAAGUUGUAUUUUCGAAUGGGAGUACCGUAGCAUAGAUAAUAUAUCUUCGGUGGAGAGUGACACGUAUAUAUUCACUAAAAAUCAACCUCGAAUGUAAAAUCAGCCAUCGGACGAAUCAAAUCUUGUCCAUCUCCGGUGACAGCCAUGCUGUACGAUUUUUCUAAAGGAAGAUUGUCCGGUGCUUUCGAGAAAAAAAAGUGUAUGAUUUAUUUUUUCAAUACUCACGAUCGUGUACAUAGAGCUAAGACGUAUUUACACUGGUAAACGGUGCUGUAACAAAAAUAGAAGAGCGACAGCGAUGGACAUCGAAAUUGAUUCCAUUAACGCGAAGAAUGGUGAAAAGAAAAGAAUGAGAGAAUUGAUUGAUUUCUGUUUUUCUAUUAUUUGUUUCACGAACAAGAAAUUUCUUACGAGCUACUUGAAAGCGUUUCAAUACUUCCGCGUUAGAUUGCUUCAUUUGUCUUAAUCGUGUACGUGGUCCCGAAGACCUUAGAAACUAUUUCAAUGACUAAAACAAUGCGUUUAAGAUUUGCCAGAUGACGCAUCGAUCGUAGAUAAGAACAAUAUAGUUAACAAAAAUGAUCAUGUUAUCUCACUAGGGGUCUUUACGAAGAGUUGGGCACUGAUGUUAAUGAAACUUUGUAAGUAAUUAGGGAAGUUAGUUUUAACAAAUUUAGACAAACACGUUUCAUCCACAAAACCAUAAUAAAAUUUUGUAAUAAAAUAAGUAUUUGUAUAUUUGUCGUUAUAUCUUUGUGAGUGUCAUGAGAAUACGUGGUCCUACCAUGGUCCUUCGGGGUUUUUUUUUAUAAGCAAAUGAACACGAGUGAAAUAUUUUCGUACUCUCUAUUCUAUCUACAAAGUUUCACUAAAAUUGCUGCGUAACACUUGGUCCCCUUGUUAGUUUUAAAAGUUUUAAUCCGUUAUCAUCGAUUUCCUCGGUUCUCUGUCGCCUGAUGGACACUCCUCAUCCGUUUUACAGGCAAAGUAUCAUACUUCAGAUCCUGAAUCGUGUAAUUUCGUCGCUAUCUUAGAAUGUUUUACAAAAUGCCUGUACUUUUUAACGUAAUAUUAUUUUACAAAAUAUGCGUGCGAAUCCGAGGUUGUAAAAUUCGUUUCGGCUUACGUAUUAGAACGCGUCGGUUUCCUUAGACGACUAGCUUUGUUGAAUACAAUCCUGAAGUGUGAAAAAAAUGAUACGAUAUCGCGUGGAAUUUCGAAAAAAAAAGUUAUAUGCGGUGCACGGAAUAUGUUAUUUCCUUACGACACAUGCGAGAAAUACAAAUUUAUGAAAAUAAACUCGUGUAUAAAUGUAUAACUAUAUUAGCGCAUCUGUGUACAUAUAAGCAUUGACCUGUAUAGAGAAAAGAUCUAUAUACAUACGAUUAUAUAAUAUAUUAUAUACGAUUACCUUUAUCGAUGACAAGUGUCUUCGAAACACGCCGAAUCCA